AUGCCAGAAGCUGCUGAAGUUCUCGAUGGCUAUGGCUAUGAUGGGAAGAUAGACGAGAUCAGAAAACUGUACUAUGGCCAGUUAGAUAAAAAUGGUAAUGACAGUACUGUUUAUUUGGAUCAUGCGGGGACCACGCUUUAUCCAACUUCCAUUGUCGACAAAUUCAGUGCUACCCUUGUCAAAAAUAUUUAUGGAAAUCCACAUUCGAAAUCUCCAAGCUCGCAAAAUACUGAAAGAUGGAUCGAACGAGCUCGUGGCCAGUUUCUGGGGUUGUUUGGUGCUGAUGUGAGACAGUAUUCUGUGGUGUUCACUGCCAAUAGCACAGCUGCUGUCAAGCUAAUUGGCGAGGGAUUGUCGACUUUGCCAAACUCAAAAUACACUUAUCUUAAGGAUUCACAUACAUCUCUUGUUGGGUUAAGAAAUCUAGCUAGCUCAUUUGAAGUUACUGGUGAUAUCGAGCAGUAUCUCCUUUCGUUAGAGCGACAGCUGGAGAAGGAAAAUAGCACUCACUCAAACUCUGAUCUUGAAGUUGAUGAUUUCAAUGGAAAUGGUCACAAAUCAACAUCUGGUAAUAGUGAACUUUUGUCAUGGCCAGCACAGUCCAAUUUUUCUGGAAAGAGGUAUCCCUGUGAAGAAUGGCUCAAUAGAGUCAGAUUCAUAAACCGUAAUAACAGCUCCAGUGAUCAUCGACUUUACACACUGCUCGAUGCAGCUGCUAUUUCUUCCUCAAAACCAAUUGAUCUAUUAAAACUAAACCCAGAUUUCGUUAUUAUUUCUUGUUACAAGAUUUUUGGAUUUCCUGAUCUAGGUGCAUUGAUUGUGAAGAACGAAGUGCUACCUCAGUUUUUCGCCAAUCGCAAGUAUUUUGGAGGUGGUACUUUAGACAGUCUUGCCAGUGAGACUGAUUUUGUAGCUAGAAAGUCUUUGACUGGAAGUCAGGCUCUGGAAGAUGGCACUUUGCCUUUUCAUUCUAUUAUUGGUCUGUCCAUUGCAAUUGAUGAGUACAAACGUAUCUAUGGAAGUUUCGACAAUAUAUCUCUACAUACGAGUUCAUUGGCUGGUUACCUUCACAGACAACUUGAACGACUGAAAUAUAGUAAUGGACAACCGCUGGUUCACAUUUAUGGACCAAACACUGAGGAGUACAAGAUUGGCGAGCAUCAAGGGCCCAUCGUAGCAUUCAAUCUGAAGUUCCCUUCUGGUGAAUGGAUAGGAUACUCUGAUCUCGAAACUAUCGCCAGUUCACAGAAUAUUAAUUUGAGAACAGGAACUUUGUGUAACAGUGGCAGUGCAUCUACCUGGAUGAAUAUCAGCGAUAGCGAGAUUAUUUCCAACUACUCAAGCGGCCAUGUGUGUGGUGAUACAAACGAUAUCAUGAAUGGUAAGCCAACGGGCGCUGUGAGGGUCAGUCUUGGGGCAUGCUCUAGUAUUGGCGAUGUAGACGCUCUAAUCAAUUGCUUGACUGACUUUUAUUUAAAGCCAUUUAACCAAGAGCUUGCAAAGGCACCGCUGACCAGUGCUAAAUCAUUGACAACUACAGCUCGAAUAACAGCACUAUCAAUUUAUCCGAUAAAGUCUUGUGCUGCUUACAACAUCUCAACACCCUGGGUUGUAGGUGCGAACGGUUUAAAAUGGGAUCGGGAAUUCUGUCUUGUUAAUAUGUCUAGUUAUUCAGUGUUAUCAUUGAAAAAGUACCCCAAGAUGGUUCAUAUCCUCCCGAAAAUUGAUGGAGAUAGGCUGCUUAUCAGGUAUAACGACAAUGAAAUAAGCGUGCCUCUAAGACUGCUACCUUCCAACUCUAACUCAGAAACUACAUUGAAAGUUUGUGGAAACAAUAUAUUUGCUCAAAUCUACACAGAUGCGACGGUUGUCAAGUUCUUCACCUCGGCUCUUGGCAUCGACUGUACAUUAGCACGCAUUCACAAUGACCCUCAACCCGCAACCAAUACUGAGAUUACGAGAGAACAACCAGGUACCAUGGUCAAUUCCUCCCCAAUUUUGCUCAUCUCACAAUCCAGUGUGAAUAAACUCUCGUCCAACACACUCAAUUCGAGCUCAAGCGACGACGACCAGAGGUCUCGGCACCAGCCUGUCGACCGGCAAAUCUUCCGGGCCAACAUCACCAUCUCCGGACCAACUCCUUAUUCAGAGGACGAAUGGACUGCCAUCCAAACCGAUACGGUCAACUUCAAAGUAUGUAUAAAAUCAGGCAUCCCGACGCCCGACUCGAGCGAAGCGAGAGGAGCCACGGGGUCUGGGGCGGAGCCCCAGCCGCCGGAGGCAACCACCACCCGCCCGAUACUAACAGGACAGCUGCUCGGGAAAUGUCAGCGGUGUAAUAUGGUAUGUGUGGAUGCGAGCACGGGCCAGCGUAACCAGGCGCCGUUCAAGGCACUUCAUCGCACCAGAAAAGAGAAUGUAAGUUACAGCAGAAAAAAAGGAAGAAAGAGGCAUUGCUAA